AUGGUAUCAACUAUAUCACCAACUAUUCUUAAAACUCCAACUUCUAAACUCAUCAAUCUUUCAGCUGGUUGUUUCUGGGGGGUCGAAAAUGUAUUCAGAAAGCAGUUUACAAAUAAAGGUCUAGUAGACAUCAAAGUCGGAUAUGCUAAUGGUAAACCGUCGAUUUCUAAUGUAACAUAUGAAAAAGUAUGCACUGGAACUACUAAUUAUGCUGAAACCGUACAAAUAUCAUACGAGCCAUCUCAAUUGAAGUUAGCAGAAAUUUUAGAUAUAUUUUUCAAGAUGCAUGAUCCUACUACGGUGAAUUCUCAAGGACCUGAUGUGGGUACUCAAUACAGAUCAGCCAUCUUCACUUUUGAUGACGAAGAUAAGUCUCUUGCAUUGAAGAUAAGAGAUCAAUUCCAAAAGGAAUGGUAUCCUAAUCAUAAAAUUGCAACCACCAUUGAAUCGAUAUAUAACUGGUAUGAUGCUGAAGAUUAUCAUCAAAACUACUUGACUAAGAAUUCCGGUGGUUAUGAAUGCCCUACCCAUUUUAUUAGGACCAAGCCAAAAAUAUAA